AUGUCGCGUCGCACUACGUCUACGUACCAGUCAAGCCCUGCCUAUAUUGAGUGCAAAGCAGGAAAAGACGGCGAAAAAUGGCCUGAAAAGGCCACAGAAGCGCCGACCGCCUCUGAUGGCUCUUCAAAGGCGCAGGACCGCAUGGCGCGCUUCAAGGCGCUCCAGGCGCGCGCGAAAAACUCUUCCCAGACAAAUAUGAAGGAGGUCACCCGCGAGUCGCAGCGCCUGGCCGAGGACCCGGCACAGCUCACAGCCCUGCGGCGGCGGCACGACAUUGCGGCGCACAAGCUGCUCAAGGCCGAUACGGAGGACGCCGGCGAGGACUUUGAGCGCAAGCGGGCGUGGGACUGGACCAUCGACGAGAGCGAGAAGUGGGACAGGCGCGUCAAGAAGAAGGAGGCGCACCGCGACAACAACGCCUUCCAGGACUACCAGGACGAGAGCAACAAGGUCUACAAGCGCCAGCUCAAGAACCUCGAUGUCGACCUCGACGCGUACACCAAGCAGAAGCUCGCCGCCAUUGAAAAGGCGGCCGCGGCGGGCAGCUUGGAGAUUGUCGAGACCGAGGACGGCGAGAUGAUUGCCGUGGACAAGGACGGCACGUUUUACGCCACGGCCGACUCGACGUCGUUUGCGCAGAAUAAACCCGACAAGUCAGCCAUUGACCGGCUCGUCGCCGACAUCAACAGGGCCGAGGCGCAGAGCUUGAAGAAGAGAAAGGAUCGCCAGGCCAAGAAUGGCGACGAUGGCGACAUUACAUACAUCAACGAGAAGAACAAGCAGUUCAACCAAAAGCUGGCGCGCUUCUACGACAAGUACACGUCUGAUAUUCGCGAUAGCUUUGAACGCGGCACCAUGAUUUGA